UAAUAAGUCGUUGAUCCAAUUACAGGUCAAUCUCAUCUUUGCGAACGUAGGAUCUUCUACCAAACCAGCAGUUUGCUACUUUUGACCAUAUCUUUCCCCAUCGAAGUGAGACGAACAACGAAAGAAAAGAAACAAGAUGACCAAGACCGGGAAAGCCAAGGCCGUCGUCAACGGCACCACGCUCGCGGAGGCGACGGAGUGGGAGGAGGUCGAGGGGAACGUCUAUUUCCCGCCCUCGGCGGUCAAGACGGAGGCGUUUGAGAAGACUGAGACGACGACGUUUUGUCCUUGGAAGGGGACUGCGAAUUAUUACUCGGUUAAAGUCGGGGAUGACAAGCUCAAGGACGCGGCUUGGUAUUAUCCUACGCCCAAGGAUGGGGCGAAGGAGAUUAAGGACCAUGUUGCCUUUUACAAGAGUAAGGUGACUGUCACUGUCGAGUAGAUGGAUUCUGGGAGAAAGCUGGG